GGUCAGCUGUGCUGCGAUGCCCUGGGUACCGGCUGUGCAGUGAAGUAGAGCCACCUCAGCUGCAUAUAAAACCCCGCGUCGCUCUGUAUCAACAAACCCAGCUGUGCCGCUUCGCAGGACACGCCGAGGACCCAGAGCACGAUGCGGGAAAUCGUUCAUAUUCAGGCCGGCCAAUGUGGCAAUCAGAUCGGCGCUAAGUUUUGGGAGGUGAUCAGUGAUGAGCAUGGCAUUGACCCCACCGGGAACUAUGUCGGAGACUCUGACCUGCAACUGGAGAGGAUUAGUGUCUAUUAUAACGAGGCCUCAUCCUCCAAGUACGUUCCUCGAGCCAUCCUGGUGGACCUAGAGCCUGGCACCAUGGACUCGGUACGGUGUGGUCCCUUUGGCCACCUCUUCAGACCAGAUAACUUCAUCUUUGGCCAGAGUGGAGCUGGGAACAACUGGGCCAAGGGCCAUUACACCGAGGGGGCGGAGCUGGUGGACUCUGUGCUGGAUGUCAUGAGGAAGGAGUGUGAGAACUGUGACUGCCUACAGGGCUUCCAGAUGACGCACUCGCUGGGCGGGGGCACCGGCUCCGGCAUGGGCACGCUGCUGAUCAGCAAAGUGCGUGAGGAGUACCCCGACCGCAUCAUGAACACCUUUAGCGUGGUGCCCUCCCCCAAGGUCUCCGACACCGUGGUGGAGCCGUACAACGCCACGCUGUCCAUCCACCAGCUGGUGGAGAACACGGACGAGACGUACUGCAUCGACAACGAGGCGCUCUACGACAUCUGCUUCCGCACCCUGAAGCUGGCCACGCCCACCUACGGGGACCUCAACCAUCUGGUGUCGGCCACCAUGAGCGGCGUCACCACCUCCCUGCGGUUCCCUGGCCAGCUCAACGCUGACCUCCGCAAGCUGGCCGUCAACAUGGUGCCCUUCCCCCGCCUUCACUUCUUCAUGCCCGGCUUUGCCCCACUGACGGCCCGGGGCAGCCAGCAGUACCGCGCCCUCACCGUGCCUGAGCUCACCCAGCAGAUGUUUGAUGCCAAGAACAUGAUGGCGGCUUGCGACCCGCGGCACGGGCGCUACCUGACGGUGGCCACCGUCUUCCGUGGCCGCAUGUCCAUGAAGGAGGUGGACGAGCAGAUGCUGGCCAUCCAGAGCAAGAACAGCAGCUACUUCGUGGAGUGGAUCCCCAACAACGUCAAGGUGGCUGUGUGUGACAUUCCUCCCCGCGGCCUCAAGAUGUCGUCCACCUUCAUCGGCAACAGCACGGCCAUCCAGGAGCUCUUCAAGCGUAUCUCCGAGCAGUUCACCGCCAUGUUCCGCCGCAAGGCCUUCCUGCACUGGUACACCGGCGAGGGCAUGGACGAGAUGGAGUUCACCGAGGCCGAGAGCAACAUGAACGACCUGGUGUCUGAGUACCAGCAGUAUCAGGAUGCUACGGCCGACGAUGAAGGGGAGAUGUACGAAGAUGAGGAAGAGGAGUCAGAGGCCCCACCUCAGAAGCCCCUGCUGAUUUGAGGAGCGUUUUGGGCGAGCUCAUCCUCAGCCAACCCAGCCUCCAUUUAGCGCUCUGCUGUCCUUCCGUUUGGCUCCCUUUGGCGAACUUAUUAUUGCUUAAAAGUAUUUCUUGACCUAACCAGUAUUUUUUGGUGCCUUUCCAGCUAAAGAUUUGGUUCAGAUACACAAAAUACAGAGUAAUAAAAAUCACAGAGUUGCAGAACCUCUUGGUCCUUGCAUUUUGGCCAGAGCCCCGUUUCAUCUUAUUUUCUUGCUUUUUUGCUGCUACUCUGAAAGGAUUCAUACAUGUACUUAUAUUACUGUUAAAUCUGCCAUCUUACAAGGACUUUACAGGGGGGUUUCUGAAGAUGGAUAAAAAUACUGUUUGGGGUGGGGGGGGGGUGCUGCAUCCACAUCUAAGUGACCUAUUUGGGGGCUAUAAAUAUCACAUCUUCAGCAGGUAGGAUGUGCUGGUAGCAGUGCGGUGGUAACAGGACACUACGUCAGCCACAGAACUGAAAACGAUAUUCAUCACGUGGUCGUGACCCAGUAAUUUUGUGAGAAUGCCUCAUUGAUGCACCUCCCUAAAUGAUCUUGCUGUAGCUCUCCUCUGACCUUCUGCAGAUUUAUCACUGCUGCCUCGAAUAACAUCCCUGAAAUUACACCAUAAUGUGGAAUUAAAAAUGGUGAUCUCAUCUGA